GUGAAACAAGAAGGAAUCCUCUAAGCGGGAAUUCACAGAAAAUCUAUGUAGACAUUUUACUGUAAUAUAAAAAUUUUACUGGAUUACACAAUUUUGAAGAAGCCCUUCUUCUACUACGUUGACUCAGCUGUCGUGGUUUCCUUUCAUAGACAGUCUAGACAGGAGAGACGGAUGAUCGCACAACCUGAAGAUGACGGAAGACGAUAAGAAUAAGAGACUGGAUCCAAACAUGACCCACAGCUGCGACCUGCAGUGCCUCGGCUCCCUGACCUUCCAUCCUAACACCGUGGGAGACAUGAUCUGUCUGAGCGAGGGCGGUCGACGUGCCCAGAGAGCUGAAGACACUUUCAAAGGUGGCGUUGUUUUCACCAGCCGGCCUGUGAAGACCCACGAGAGGAUCCGGGUGCUGGUGGAGAAGCGCGUGCCACACUGGCAAGGAGCCAUACGCGUGUGCUUCACCAACGUCCCUCCAUCAGCCAGAUCUUUGCCUCUGCCCCCGUUUUCUAUGCCUGACCUCACCCAAACCUCGGGCCACUGGGCCAUCCCUCUGCACGACUCCUACUGUCAGGAAGGUUCAGUGCUGGAAUUCUGGGUCUCUGAUGAUGGCUCCAUAUAUUAUAAGAACAACAAUGGCAAUAAGCAAAAGCUACCAAAGGAAGUGGACGUCAGAAAGCCUCUCUGGGCCAUGAUUGACGUCUACGGUCAGACGUGCUCUGUCUUCCUUCUAGGCUCAGAGAAAAAGGAUUUGCUUUUCAAGAGAACAUCUUGUCCUCUCAUCAGACGGCCCUCCAGUCUCAAACCUGAUUCUACGACACAGAGCGGAAAAUCGGAUGACUGUAUCUCCUUCCGAAGCAUGGAAAUCCCAGCAGACGACCGCUGUGUGGUGUGUAUGACGCGAGAGGCUGACACCACGCUGCCCUGUGGCCACCGCUGUCUCUGCCUCGGCUGCACCUCCAGAGUCCUGGUGCAGUUUGGCACCUGUCCACUGUGUCGAGUGAAGAUCGACACUGGAGUGACGUUUGAAGGCAGCAUGAUCUCCAAAACUGGACACAGCUAGCCUCAAACUGAAACGACUAAGACUGUAUUUUGACUGCAACCAAGAAAACAUCACGAGCUGCACCUUUUGACUGCAGAGCAGCCAAGUUCAAGAGAACGUACAAAGAUGCAAAAAAAAUAAAAUAAAGUCCAGAAUCUUUUUUAUAAAUAAUAUCUAAACAUGGACAUUACACUAGAUGAAAAAUU